AUGGUGGACUAUUUCGAGAUGCUGUGGAAGACUCCCGGCCUGCUGAGUCCUCAAGCGGUGGUUGCCGUGGACAUGACUCCCUUCAAGGGCCAGCCACCGUUGCGCUUUGUGAAGUUCGGCUUUCCCUACCGCUGUGAAACAAGUUCCGGCGAGAAGCAGAUCAAUGACUUGCGCGCUCUCGUGCAAAAGUCAACGGAAUUUGCGUCGCAUGAGUUUGGUGGGUUGCUGAUUGUUGAGACGAAGCACGCCAAGACUGCAAAUAGCUGA